UGCUUCUUUCUGCUGUGUGGCUGCAGAUCUGGACCUACAGUGCUUCAGCAGCCAUUGACAAAUAUUCUCGUCAAGCUUCGAGCAGAAACAAGAGCAGAAAAGCUGCCAAGUCAAGAGAGCGGUGCUCUUGUUUCUGCUCCAACAGACAUCGGUUGCACCAACAUGAGACCUCUCCGUGUCAUGGCCCAGGACGGCGUCGAUGCGGGUGUCAUUGCAAAGGAUGGUGACUCGGCUUGCCCGAAGGCGCAGUUUGAGGCGGCGUGGGCGCUGGCCAACAUUUUGUCGGCAAAUCGGAGCAGACGCCCGUCGUCGAGGCUGGCGCCAUCCCGCCUCUCCUACAGCUGCUGUCGUCACCUGACGAUGAUGUUCGGUACCAGGCCAAACAUCGCGGGAGAUGGACAAGGUCCCCGGGCGGCGUGCAUCCACUAAUCAGCCACCGGCGCGAGAGCACGGAAGAGGCGAUCGUGAGCACCGCAACCUGACGCUAUCCAACCUCUGCCAGUGGGUGUCGCUGUCGGUGCCAGUGGUGGCAGAGCUCAUCAAGACGCCUGAACAAGACGCUGCGGUGCUGAUUGACGUGUGCUGGGCGGUGGUGCAUGUUGGGAUACCGUGUGGCUGCGCCACAGUGCUGAUUUCGGUGCUGCGGCGGUUGGCUCAUGGGCAGCCGUCAGUGCGUCGGAAGAGAAAAAGGAAUUAUGGCUUGGCGCUAGAAAGGCUGAAGUUCCGCAGGCGAUAGGUACAUGAUAGACGAUGGUCUGCGUGUGUGGUUUGUGCCGGCGCGUUCGUCCGUGAAAUGGUAUGUCGUUACUUGCAAGUUGGUGUGGCGCGAUAGUACUCAUCGGCUGCAGUCUACCAACAUAAGACGUUUAUGGCCGUCAUUGUUCACUUCAGUCUCAGACCGUCACUUUAGUGUCGACCGUUCCUGCCUUGUUCCUCCGUCUUGCGCUGCCCGUCGGUGAGGCAGCUGCUGCAAGAGCUUUCCCCCUUGCAGCAGUCACCUCUCCACGAGCGGUUAUAACACAAGGAGGGCGAGCAAGACGCAGUCGUGUGACCUAACCGUAUCUCACUGAUGUGUCUUAUCUUAGUGCAAUCGACUCGUGCGUGCGUGUGGUGCAUGUGGCUGCCUGUUGGUUGUCUCCCUUUCCAUCGCUCUAUUCACAAG